CUUAACCUGAAAAUCCAUUUCCUCCUCUUUAAAAUGGACAUAAUUCUUACCACAUGCCAUUGGUUAGGAGGGAGAUGAAUGCACCAUCGUUUCGCGUGGAGAGAGAUGCAGACGGGAGGAUGCUUCUUCAUUAUUACUCUGAUAGAAGUGGUCUGUGCCACAUUGUGCCAGGUAUCAUUGAGGCUGUGGCCAAAGACUUCUUUGACAUCGAUGUGACCAUGGAUAUCCUUGACAUGAACAAGGAGGAGGAGAGGACAGGCAAGAAGGAGCAUGUCGUGUUUCUGGUGGUAGAGAAACCUCACAGACAGAUGAGAAAGGCAAAGCCACAGAAGUUACAGGAUGGAGAGGACAUCCAGCGAGACCAAGAGGCCCUGGAUGCAGCUUUCCUGAGAAUGAAGGAGAAAUACUUGAGUGUCUCUGUUUGUCCUGUGAAGAAAUCCCACUGGGAAAUUGUGAGAAGUAUAGUCAUGUUCGGAAAAGGCUAUCUCAUGAACACCUUCACGCCGAUUUAUCCUGAGAGGCUCUGGAUAGAAGAGAAGACAUUCUGCAAUGCUUUUCCUUUCCACAUUGUAUUUGAUGAAUCACUUAGGGUCAAGCAAGCUGGAGUGAAUAUUCAGAAGUAUGUCCCAGGACUCCAAACCCGGAAGAUUCAAUUAGAUGAGUAUUUCUCCAUCAUUCACCCCCAAGUUACAUUCAACAUUUUCAGCAUCUGCAAGUUUAUCAACAGUCAGUUUGUCCUGAAGGCACGAAGAGAAAUGAUGCCCGAAGUGUGGAAGAGUCAGCCCACGCUCAAACUUCGAGGCCAGAUGAUCUGGAUGGAGUCCAUGCGGUGCAUGAUAUACAUGUGCUCCCCAAAGCUCCGCAGCCUGCAAGAGCUGGAAGAACGGAAGAUGCAUCUUUCUGAUAUCGCCCCCCAUGACACCACGCGGGAUCUCAUCCUCUUAAACCAGCAGCGAUUGGCUGAGAUCGAGUUGUCCAACCAGCUCGAGAGGAAGAAGGAGGAGCUGCGUAUCCUCUCCAAGCACUUAGCCAUAGAAAAGAAGAAAACAGAGACCUUGCUUUAUGCCAUGCUGCCUGAGCACGUGGCCAACCAGUUAAAGGAGGGCAAAAAGGUCGCCGCAGGAGAAUUUAAAACCUGCACAAUCCUUUUCAGUGACGUGGUGACAUUUACUAACAUCUGUGCUGCCUGCGAACCUAUCCAAAUAGUGAAUAUGCUAAAUUCUAUGUAUUCCAAGUUUGACAGAUUAACCAAUGUCCAUGAUGUCUACAAAGUGGAAACAAUAGGAGACGCUUACAUGGUGGUGGGGGGCGUGCCAGUUCCUAUUGGAAGUCACGCUCAAAGAGUGGCUAAUUUUGCGUUGGGGAUGAGACUUUCUGCAAAAGAAGUGAUGAAUCCUGUUACUGGAGAGCCCAUUCAGAACCUGAAUGCCUCAGAUGAUGAGAUCAUGGGCAGACCUCCGCUGGGCCGCCAGGGUAAGCUCGAAAGAGGAGCUGUUGCCCUGGAGAAUCAAGGGUUUGAGAUCAUCGAGAGGGGUGAAAUUGAAGUGAAAGGUAAAGGAAAAAUGACCACAUACUUUCUGAUUCAGAACCUGAAUGCCUCAGAUGAUGAGAUCAUGGGCAGACCUCCACUGGGCCGCCAGGAGGCCAGUGCUCAGGGAAACCAUGGUAGCAAAACUGUUGCCAUCUUCAGGUACACAGACAACCAGGAGCUGCGUCCCCCCAAGAAAGACACAGCAAAAGUUCCUGAGGAGCCGACACCUGAAGGAAGUGUGGUGGUAGGACUGUACUCCACGGAGGCAGCAGAUGGACAGCCGUCUUCGGAUCAGACAAAGACACACCCCUUUCCUAGUGACUCUGUGCCUUCUGGUUUCUGUGCUUUGUUGUGACGACGGGAGACUAAAUCCCAUGGCUUCAUUUUCCUCCUACCCUGCAUAUAGCAGCAAAGAAAAGUAAUGUUUUUUCAUUUCUCAGCUCAAAACUUCACAACUGCAUCCUUU